CCGGCAAUUAGGUAGGUCGAUACCUAGCGCGCUGGCGGCCUGUAAGUCGCCGCAUCUAAGGAAGGAACGCCUCGAGUAAUGAUCUCAUUGGGUCUCGCUUGUAACUCUAUGACCUAACCUUCCUGUAGCUCCUUCUCGAACAUCGAAAUGUGAUAUGCGAUAUCGCUUGGCUGGAAGAUCAUAUCUCGCCAUCUAACAAGUCCGUCUAUACGUGGACGUGACUUGGUCCUAUAAAGUCCCUUGACUCCUCCCUUUAUCACGGUUGCAUCUAGGCCGUUAAACUAAACAAACUUGAACAACCCGAAAACAAACUUUGAACUAUCCCAUCUCUAAACACCCGAACUCUUCACGACUAAGACAGCUUCACUAUUACCAAGGAAAACCCUACCAACCACUUAACCUACCAAACCUAAUCAUCAAAAUGGGUGCCGUAGUAUCUUGCGUCCAAUCCAUCUUCCGCACGAUCGGCAACGUGAUCAUGGCCAUCGUCGCCGGCGUAGGUAACAUCCUGCAAGCGAUAAUCAGCGGCAUCGUCACCUUCUUCGGCAUAAUCGUCUCCUUCCUGACCUGCGGCUACUGCAGCAGCGGGCGACGCCACCGCAGCACAGGAGGCGGCAUGGGCUCGACGACCGGGACGCGGCGCGGUUGGGGACGGCGUCGCCAUGUGACUACCACGAGCCGCAUCUAGUAAACAGGAGAGGAGGGAAGAUGUGCUGAGCUACGAAGGAGAUGCGAGCGAUGAGAUGGACGAGAUCAGACAAGAGGUCUUGACGAACGAAUAUUACGAUACCCCCUUUUCUUAACCACUGUAAUUGAGGACAUUUGCUUUUCCAAGAAAUGACGAGACGACGCGAUGGACAUGCCAUAGCAUCCUCAAGAUAGAGAGGAAUA